ACACAAUAUAAUAUCAUUACAUACCUACAAUUCACACAGUGGUCGGUGCUUUGGCUCUAUCAUAUUGCCCGCACCGCACAGCAACUGCGGCCAUCUUCUCUCUGUUCUUCACCGAUUUGGGAAGCAGAUAUAAGUGUAGCUGAUCACAAAUGAACUGGCUUUGUGUCUGAACAAACAUGGAGAGAUCUGAUUCUAAUGAAUUAAAUCACUUUUCUUCAAGUUUUACUUCAGAUGCUGCACUAUUUGAUGCAUCACAAUAUGCAUUUUUUGGACAAGAUGGAGCGCAAGGCACUGUGCUGAGAGGACUGGAAGAUGAGGCGAAUGAUGCAUCUGUACUUGGUUUUGGCGAUGAUGAAUAUCAUUUGUUUGAUAAGGAGCAGGAAUCAGGUAUAGGAUCUCUCUCUGAUGUGGAUGACCUGGCGACAAUAUUUUCUAAGAUAAACAAAGUUGUCACUGGACCUAGACAUCCUGGAGUUAUCGGUGAUCGCGGAUCUGGUUCUUUUUCAAGGGAAAGUUCCUCUGCUGCAGAAUGGUCACAGGAAUUGGAUUUCCCUGACUGGUUAGAUCAGCAUAUAUCUGACACAGAGAGCUUCCAGGAAAGCAAAAGAUGGUCUUCCCAACCACAUCUCUCUUCUGUCCUUGUUCCGGAGUCAAAACCUAUAUACAGGACAGCUUCAUACCCGCUGCAGCAACAUCAGCAACAAUAUCCUAUUGAAACUAAUUUAGAGUCAGAAUCAGCUUUCAGUUCAUACCCUCCUCCAGGUGGCAUAUCUCAAUUGUCUUCACCUCACCACCAUCCGCAACACCUGAAAUUGUCAUCUCUGGGUAGUGGGCCUCAGUUACCCUUCUCUACGCCACACCUCUCUCCCUUGUCUAACUCCAGUAUUCAUAUGACUGGUGUGCCUCAUGGGUACCGUUAUAGUGGAAAUAUCCCUCAUUUACUCUCACCUGAUAUUUCUCUUGGUAGUGGGUCACAAAAUUACUGGAACAACCGUGCAGGGCUACUUCUUGGGGAUCAGUCCAGUGUCAUGAAUAACAUUUUGCAACAGCAAUUUCCGCAUCAAAGUAAUUUGGUUUCCCCGCAUUUAAUGUCACAGCAGCAGCAGCAACAGCACCAUAGGCUCCAUCUUCCAAUUCAACCAUCUUUAUCACGUUAUUCAUCUCUGCAAUCCCAGUUCUAUAAUGCCCUUCCUUCUCCACCAUCACGUCUGAGAAAACAUAAAUCAGCUGAUAUGAGGGAUCAACGACCUAAAGUUUCACAAAAAGGUAAACAUGCGUGGUUAUCUCAACAAAGUUCUGAUGCCAGCCAGCAAAGUGAUUACAAUCGGCCACAAUUUAGAUCCAAAUAUAUGACUGCUGAUGAAAUAGAAGGUAUUCUUAAAAUACAGCAUGCCGCAACACAGAGCAGUGAUCCUUAUAUAGAUGACUACUACCACCAAGCUCGUCUUGAAAAAAAAUCUACUGAAACAAGGUCAAAACUAAAGUUCUGCCCAGCUCGUUUAAAGGAGCCCUCUUCUCGAUCACGUAAUAGUUCAGACUCCCAGCCUCAUCUCCAGGUUGAUUCUCAUGGAAGGGUUUCAUUCUCUUCUAUUCGUAGGCCUCGUCCUCUCCUUGAAGUCGACCCUCCUUCCUCUGCUUCUGGCGAGGGUAGUGCUGAACAGAAGAUGUCGGAGAGGUCUUUGGAACAGGAGCCCAUGCUGGCUGCGAGAAUAACGAUUGAGGAUGGCCUUCGAGUCCUAUUUGAUGUAGAGGACAUUGAUAGGUUUCUACAAUAUAAUCAGCCCCAAGAUGGUGGGACUCAACUGAGGCGGAGGCGCCAGAUCCUGUUGGAAGGCUUAGCAGCAUCAGUUCAGCUUGCUGACCCACUUGGGAGAAGUGGAACAUCAGCUGGGCUAAAUCCCAAGAAUGACAGUGUGUUCUUAUGGCUCGUUUUUCUUCCAAAAGGCAGAAAGCUUAUUUCAAAAUACCUUCAGCUUCUUUUUCCUGGUGGUGAGCUGGCCCGAAUAGUUUGCAUGACCAUCUUUCGUCACUUAAGGUUCUUAUUUGGCGGCCUUCCUUCUGAUCCAGAAGCAGUCGAAACUGUCUCUAGUCUUGCAAAGAUGGUUACCAAAUGUGUUAGUGGCAUGGACCUUAAUUCUCUGAGUGCAUGUAUUGCUGCUGUGGUUUGUUCAUCAGAGCAGCCACCCCUUCGUCCACUUGGCAGUUCUGCUGGAGAUGGAGCAUCUGUUAUGUUGAUAUGUGUCUUAGAGAGGGCAACACAGCUGUUAAACAAUCCGCAGUCCUCUAGCAACCGUGUUCCGCCGAAUCCUGUCCUGUGGCAGGCUUCAUUUGAUGCCUUUUUCGGUCUUCUUACUAAGUAUUGCCUGGGAAAAUAUGACAGGAUAAUGCAGUCCAUAUGUGCACAAAACCCCCAACCUAGCCCAGAUGUCAUUAAUGCAGAGGCAGCAAGAGCUAUAAGCAGAGAAAUGCCUGUAGAAGUUCUACGUGCUAGUCUUCCCCACACAAAUGAUCGGCAGAGGAAGUUACUACUGGAUUUUGCUAAGCGCUCCACACCAGUAAGUGGAAUCAGUGGUCAUAGUGGGAGCAGCGGUCUCGUUACUCCAGAAUUUGUACGGGGUUAGCUAUUCUGGCAAACUGAUAUGUGGCGAUUGCAAUCUUACAGAAGGACUUCUCCGUAUGUUCAUAGCUUCUACCAUGGAUCGCUACAACAGUCUCUCCCUUGGAUAUCAAAUGUUCUGCAUGUAUAUAUAUCAUGCCAUCUCUCUCUAUCUCUCUCAGUAACUUUUUAGGUGCUUUACCUGAUGGACUUAACUGCAGUGCUGCUUAACUUAGUAGUUUAUGUUAAAAAUUGUGUAAGUGGGAUUAGUAACUUUCAAAUGUUACCGUAUAGAAGGUUUUUACUCUGUAUUGUAGCUCUGAACGGAAGCUAUAGUACAGGGGUCAAAUAUUCCGGAAAAUGAUGGUUGAAUAAGCUGUCACUUUUCUAA